GUUUUAGUUAACUCACAGUCUCAAAAGAAAAAAACAAAAUUAUGAACAUACAGAUUACAUAUUAUAUUAGUUAGUUUCACAGUCACACAAUAUAUUCCCAGUUUGUCUAUGUUUGUCCUUUCACUUCAUUAAAAUGCUUGCUCACAACUCUUCCUUCCCUGUGUGGAGCAUAGUAAACCCAAUUCGCACGCUCAUUUUUUCCGGUUUCCGACUAUUUGUUUAUUGGUUAGGUUUCAUUUAUCUGUCUGCAACAGGAUUCAACCCUAUAGGUCAGCCUUUUGAGCCUUAUCACCUUAAGUUUUAAUAAGGAUGCUAAAUAAUUAUUAGCACUGGCGGUUUAAUUAUUCAUGUCACAAUCUAGCGUAACCUUUCAAUAUCCAAGUGCCAGUCCAAAAGCAGCGGACUUUUACCUUUGUGAGCUCAGGCUAAACUUCCUGGUAGGAGGACAGUCCUUCUUUUUAUGUCACUGACGGUAAUUCAGAGAUACUCCUCAGACUUUUAAGCUGCAACUCUGUAUUGUCAGGGCGCCCUUUUAGAUAUAUUCUCUCCAUUACAGGACAGUAACCAGGUAAGCAGAGGCUAAUAACAGAGAAGAAUGUCAUUUGACAAGUUCUUUUAAUCUUUACAGGUUUGUUAUUAUAUGAGAACCUAACUCUAACUACACAUUUCUUAUAGGUUUCCUGUUUCCAUAGUUCAGCCAUCAGUCUGUUGUUUUCUGUUCAUUGUUAUAUAAGACCGAGGUGUUCUCUUGCCAUAAUAUAAUGGUUUUUGUGAGAACCACAGAGCUAUACCACUGCAACCAAACCUCUUUCCACAGGCUGAAACCAAACCUCCUACAUGAAUUUAUAAUGAUCGGACCGAGCGCUCUAGAGAUCAAAUUGCACAUGCUUUCUAUGAAGCUGCCUCUAUACAGAAAACUAUGUGGUAUUAACAUGUUAUACUACUUGUUUAGGUUUAGUCUUUAGCUUGAUAACUUGACUUCAAGCACAAUUUUAUUGCUUUAUUUUAAUAUUUGUCUUUUAUAUGGAAUAAGUCGUUUACAUUUUGCCACUUGACACCGAAAUCCUCAUAUUGGGAGCGACUGGGGCAUACUGAGCUGAGGAAUCACUGCUGUCUCCAAAGAAAAGCAAACGGAUCAAUUUGAAGGAUCUCAUGACAAGUUACAGGAACGGGGGAUUUUUCAACCAUGCAUACCAUGACACAGAGACUCUGGAAAUUGAUAGAAGGGCUUCCAGCAAAACCCAUCAUACUAACCCCUAUGACAACAAAGACCCAACCUGGUGGGGUGACAGGGCUAGCAAUGAUGCUGCUAUAGGGAGAGUGCCUCAAGGUGGCUGGCAGGAACAAAGCUGGAGGGGUAGAGAAAACAUCCCAAUGGAUGCCAUCUCCAUACGCCCAAGGAGUCCUCCAAGGCACCAUGGACCCAAUCACAGUAUAUUUGGGAUGGACCCUGAAUAUAAUCAGUCAAGAUCUAUUCCACUUCCAUCGUCUUCAGGAAAAAUGACAAUGCGGUGGAGAGGAAUAGCGAUGAGAAGGAUGAGCAUGUUUCCUAAUGCAGAUCAUACCCAAACAGCUUUCACAGAGGAUGCCAUCUGGAAUGAGAUGCAAAAUGAGCAACAAAACCUGCUCGAGGAACUUGCUGCUCUGUCAACACGAGACAGAAUCCAGGCCAUUCGGGAUCUUCCAAUGAGCUUUAAAGACAAGAAACAUAUCAGGAAAGAAUUGGAAUUACAGUCUUCCAAGAAGUCUCGCCAAUUCACAUGUUUGGCAGAUUGCUCUGAAAAGCUGUCUCUGUUUUCACGAAAAUGCGGGUACCAUGUAAAGUCAGCCAAGCAGACCCUGAAACUGUGGCAAGGCGCUAUGAAAAGUAUUGGUGGGAAGUUUGGGACCAGUGUUCUCACCUAUUUUGUGUUCCUGAAGUGGCUUCUCAUGUUUAACAUUUUCUCAUUCCUGGUCAACUUUGGCUUUGUCACCAUCCCUCUGCUUGUUUACAAGCAAACCCCAAACAUUUCUCAAAUCGUGAACAACAUACCCCAAAAUGUGACCUUCAGAGGACUGGAGAUACUAACUGGAGCUGGUUACUUCAAGUAUACGGUCAUGUACUACGGUAGCUACAGCAAUGAAUCUCUGGUGGGUUACAACAUGCAGCUGGCCUAUUUCUUCACCAUUGCAGUCUAUAUGGUGCUAUGUGGAAUUUCACUUAUUUUCAGCAUGGCAGUCAAUUUCAAGAACAACUAUGUACUAGCAGACUCGGCAUCAAACAGUGCAUGGCAACUUCUUUGCACCUGGGAUUUUAGUGUAACCAAUGAGAAAGCAGUGAAACAGCGCAGGAACAACCUUUGUGUCCAGCUCAAGGAGUCUUUAUCAGAAACGGCCCAGCAGGAGCGCCUUACAAUCUCUGAAAAACUGAAGCACUAUGGGAUUAAUUUUAGUUGCUGGCUUCUCUCCACAAGCUUGGCUUUUGGUUGUGCAGCCAGUAUUUACUAUCUCUGCGAGUAUGAGAUUGAGCAGGCAACAGAAAAUGGCAAUUGGUCUCUGCUUGAGGAGGGAAAGACACUCCUGGUUCCCUUUGUGGUGUCUUUAAUAAACCUGGUUAUUCCACUCUUCUACUCCCUCUUCAACAAAUUUGAGCAUUACUCCACCCACCGCAAACAGAUAUAUGCUCUGUUGAUCAGAAAUGUCUUUCUCAAGAUGUCCAUUCUGUCUGUUUUGUGUUAUUAUUGGAUGAAUAAGGUGCCUGCUAAAGGUUCAGGUUGGGAGUCCAUGGUAGGGCAGUCUUUGUACCGUCUGGUCCUUUUUGACUUCCUUUUCCUGAUGUUGGGAUCUUUCUUUGGAGAGUUUCUUAGCAAUGUGAUCGGGACAAAAUUAAUACCACGCAUGGGGGUUCCUGAGUUUGACGUAGCCAGAAAUGUGCUUGAACUCAUCUAUUCACAGACGCUGGCCUGGAUUGGAAUCUACUUCUCUCCUCUGCUACCUGCCAUGCAGAUUUUAAAAUUCUUCAUCCUGUUUUAUCUAAAGAAGGUCAGUCUCACACAUAACUGUCAGCCCCCACGGCGAUCUGGCAGAGCAGCUCAGAUGCAAACCAUCUUCAUCUUCCUUCUCUUCUUCCCAUUCUUCGUGGGAGCCCUGUCAAUUGUUGCAUACACUGCCUGGAGCCUGACUCCCUCAAAGUCCUGUGGCCCUUUUCGUGGACUCAACAAUUCCUUCAGUGCGGUUGAUGUCUGGAUAGAUGAUCUAAAAAACAUCACUGGCUCUCAGUGGGUCGUCGAGAUUUACAAUAAUGUCAUCCGGAGUGAAAUCUUCUAUUUUCUAAUCACACUCAUCAUCCUUGUCAUCAUAUACAUAUUGUGGCAAGUCACUAAUGGCCGAAAGGAGCUUAUUCGUCGUCUGAGACAACAGAUUGUCAAUGAAGGGAAAGACAAGUCCUUCUUGUUAGAAAGGUUACAGGACCUUCAAAAAUCUAUCCCAAACAAAAACACCAAACAGAAGAAACAAAAAGGGAGCAUGAAACAGCAUUCAUAUGAUCACUCAUCUGGUGAUCAGUCCAACUCAAAUGCCAUGGUUCAAGCUUUACUUGCACGUCAGCAACUUGAAGAGGAGGAGAAAAGAUACAGCAUUGGUGGAGUACCUGUUCCUUCUGAAAUGUCUAACUCUAGUUCUCUGAUGCAAGCCAUGUUGGCCCGUCAACUAGCUGACCAGGAGAAUGAAGAUCAGUAUCCGAUGCAUGAUGAAAACCCAUCAUCUUCCAGUGCACUUGCUCAGGCCAUGGCAGCCAGAAACAGGGUGGAGGAUGAAGACAAUAAUCAAUAUGACAUUUUCAACAGAUCCAGUGCCGUCACACAGGCCAUGCAAGCCAGAAGAAGAGCAGAGGACACAGAAGAUGACAUGGGUGACCUGCCGCAUCCAGUGUCAAGUGUCAUGAUGCAGGUCAUGCAGGCCAGGCAGCAAGCACAGGAAGAUGACAGAAUUCAAUGGAUGACUGCUCCACCACAAAACCCUGGGCCUUCAGGCUCCAGUGCUCUUAUCCAGGCCAUGCUAGCCCGGCAGGCGGCCCAGAAUGAAUACGAUGAUGGUUACUGAACAAAAUGCUGAGUUUUAUCUUACAGUGAUGAAAAAACAGAUGUAUGAAAAACAUCCACGUGGCUUUUUAAGACUGAAUUUGCACUUUGCGAAGAAUAUAUGAAAGAGAUGAGUGUGCAGGUCCACCUCUUAAUUCAACUUUUAUACAAGUAAAUUUUGAAAUCUUUCUACGAUAGUAUGUCAGCCUUGUGUGAUGAGUAAUCCUAAACAUAAAUUUGUGCCAUUUGUAAUGUAAAUGUUGUAUAAGUUGUUAAUUGUUGCACAUAAUGAAAUGUGAGCUAGAAAAGGCAAAAUAAAGGCAAAUGUUAAAAAAAAAAAUGCCCCUGCAAAAUUUGUUACAGUUGUUACUGGAGUGAAAUGUAAUUUUCCCAAGUGGCUGAUAAAGACAACACUGCCCUCUUCAGGAACUAUGCAUACAUUGCUACAUUUGAUUUUUUUUUUUUUUUUUUCCAAACGACAGCUCUUGUUCUGGGCAUUUUUAGAACACUCUUCAGACACAGGAAAAAAAAAUACUAGGUUGAA